CUCGUCAGCGCGAAAAGACCGCGUUCUCAGAGGAAGUCCGAACGCGGGGACACCAGACACACAGUUCCCGACGCAAGUAAUACACGAGCAGGGAGUUCCACUGCGGUGCAGAUCCGCGAGUGCGCGCCACACACAGAGGCCAGACCACACACACACACAGACGCCAGCAGGUGCGAUGAAGACAAAAAUUUUCGCCCUGCUGGCGGCUUUUCUCCCCCGCACCAUCAUGGCUACUGCUGCUGCUGCUGCUGCUGCUGCCGUGUCUGCUGCUGCUCUUCGCCCCGAACCUGAAGUCGAAGUUACGGGGGUGUGCACACCCCAAGAGCUCCUGCCCCAAGCCUACCGCCUCGGCCGUGACGCGGCCAACAAGGCAGGGUUUGAGUCCAGUCUUCCCAAGGUGAACUGCAUUGUCAAGAGACGGAAAUCCCGCCGCACCUUCACGCCCCCGCGCGAAGCUCAAGCGCACGAGGUUGCCGGAGAUGGGGAUUGUGCUUACCACGCCUUGCUGAAAGGUCUCCAGGCGAGUCUUGGACAGACGAACAUGCGUGUUCCACGAAUGUCUGAUGGUGUGAAGAGUGCCCUCAAACACAGCAUCAUCUCCCACAUCCUAGGACCAUCAGCGUCGCAAGCGGUCAUGACCACUCUGCUUUCGACGGAGCAGACGCGUCGGGCUCGCGCUCUUCAGUGCACUGAAACUUUCCGGAUGCAUCCGUAUGAGCUGAACACACCUGAACCCGCGGACAAAGGCGUGAUGAGCUACGGUUGGCUGGAUUCGAUAGUGUAAGAGAAGCUACGGACGGAGUGGCU